AUGGCUGAUGUUUUCAAAGGCCUGAGCUUCCUUGAGACCCUGAAAGAAUCCAUAGACAGCAAUAAGUUAUCAGAUGUCAGGGAUGCGGUGGAAGAUCUCUUGAUCAGUAGGAUCAACUUGGCCGUGGAGGGAAACCGCGGCGAAGGAAAAGACUCCUUCAUCAACUCCCUCCGUGGCCUCGGACCUGGGGAUGAGGGGGCGGCUCCUGCUUCAACCCCCGUGGCCUCAGAGGACGUGGCCGGCUAUCCGGACCCUAAACACCCUGACUUUCGCCUGUGGGACCUGCCACCCGUACCCAGCGCCUCCCCAUUUGAACCCGAGGGAUACAUGGAAAGAGUUAAAUUCCUCCGCUACAAUGCUGUCUUCAUGGCAUUCACACAUACGCCCCAUCCCAACAGUGUGCAGGUGUACAUGGAAGCCCGUUCUCUGCAGAGACAAAUGGUGUACUGGGUUCUCUUGGCUUUGGUGGGAGAUACAGAGAAGAGCCUGGAAGAGAAGAGGAAAGCCGGUCUGGAAACACUGAGGUCGCAAGGUGUGACACAGCCUAAAAUCUACGUGGUCAGACCCUCCACCCUGGAGAAGUCUGACUUCCCUGGUCUGUUGGACGACAUGGGCAAAGACCUUCCAGAGAUCCGAGCCCAAGCCCUUCUCCUGGCUCUCCCGACACUCACCUCAGCCCUGGUCACCCAGAAAAAGGAGGCCUUCAAAGCUCUGGUAUGGGCCGCUGCAUCGCUAUCUGGUGGGAUGUCUGCUAUUCCCGUCCCCCUGGUGGCGUCUAUGGUGGACUCGAGUGUUGCAGUGCGGAUCCUGACGAAAGCACAGUUAUCUCUGUGCCUGGAUGACAAAUCAGUCGAGCGAUUGGCCCGACAGCGAGGCGUGGAAUCCUCGAGACUUAAAGUGCUGCGGACUUGUGCGCUGUCAGUGGAAGUUACCAAAGGGGAAGUGAAGCGGCGGCUGGCGGCGGCAGAACAGGAUUUGGCCACAGUGUCGUCAAAGCUGGUGGAGAUGGCCAUGCCCAGACACGCCCGUUAUGCCAGCCGCUCCUUCGCCGCCAUGCUGCAAGCUCUGAACGGCGCCAUUGAUGAAAUGGCGGCUGAUGUCGACAAGAUCUUAGCUGCAGCUCUCGGGCAGGGGGAGUGA